UCAGGCACAGCGUCAAUUAAACUAACAGCCACCCAAAUCCAAGCCAUGUUUCAUGCACCUACCCAUCCAAGAUCUCACAAAGAGCUAACUGUGCUGGACCACUGGUUGCAGCUCUUUUGCAUAACAUGGCCUCAUGAUCAUAAUUAUUUCAUUAAAAAAAUGUGGCUUGAUAUCCCUUUUGUUGACAGGAAUUCACAAAACUCAAUAAUGUGUAUAUGGUAAAGGCUAGUAGAAUCCAAAGUCACAAGCAAGGGUUUAUAAUCAUAUGCAAUGCAGUUAAAUUAUGGUUGUUAUCCUUAUAACAGCUUUACAGAAAUACCAAAAAGUACCAAAAGCUGUGAUGAAGAUAUUUUUUUUAUGGUUUAAUCUAAAUGAUUUUGAAAACGUUUUUUGGUAUUCGGUUUGUUAAAGCCAGCGUAAAAGUGUCGGUCUGAACUGCUCAGAUGCAUUUUCAGUUUUUUUUUUUUUUUUUUUUUUUUUUAAAUUUAUUACUCAGACCAUUACUACGCACAACUAAAGUCUGGCCAAUCAUCUAUGAUUCAUAACCAUUCAAAUCAGUAAUGAAACUACAUUGAUUUAUUACAGAUAAUAGAGUUGGGCGUUUUUCACACUUCAGUUAUGGAAUGUAGUGCGUUAGAAUUAACUAACCUUCGACCUACAAACUGUAACACCAGAACAAGUAAGUUUCCGCGUGCAAAAUGUCUUAACCGAAUCGCCAGUGCAGUGCCACUGUCUCUUCCCCGUUCCAAAUACUAGAAGUAAGUUUUCCCCACGGAUCACAUUUCAGUAAUAAAACUCAACGCUGUGACAGAAUCAGUUACUGUUGUGUGAGUCUGCAACCCCAAAAUUAUUCAGCAUGUCAUUUUAAUCUUUAUUUCAACCAACAAUGACGUAUUACACGCGGCACCAGUGCAGGAAACUUUAAUUCUUUCUCCAGGGUCACAGAACCUUCCCGAACGCGGUUACGGCAGACCCAGGGUCGCCUUGUAAAUGUAGCAACCGUCUUUACAAUACUUUGAAUUUCAGUAAAUAAAGAAAUGAAAAUACCAUUUAUAAUUUGAAGGAAGUUGUUUAAGUCACACACAAAAAAACGUUACUACUGUCUUAUGUUAAAAAGCAUACAAUCAUUUAAAGUGUGGAACAACAUCAACUUUAUCAUUUAUAUAGUGUGAAAUAGGCAUGGCUUGUAACAUACAUUUAGUCCUGGCAGAUUAUCUAUCAAAAGACAGCAUACAAAAAUAUUUGAUAACAUAUUUUUCUUUGUUAAUUUAAUUAUAGCAAAUAAAACAUAAGACGUGAGUUAGGAUGGCGCAGUGAUAGACAGUUAAAAAAAAUGACAGGUGUUAAAUUUUUUUCACAUCUAACUCGAACUCGACACUUUCUAUUUGAGAAGUAGCUGUCACACCAAAUAACCUCCUUUGCUCUUUUGCUCUUUUGCCGAUAAAUGUAAGUAAAUAAAUAGUAUCAAUAAAUAGUGUUAUGCAACCAGUAGGUUUUAUAGCUUCAAAUUGCUGGUGGACUUUUUCUGGGGAAAAACGGGUUAUGCUGAAAAUGGGUGAUGCAGUCUCCCACCAGUCCUCUUUGUUACUGUACUUUUGAGGUAGAUUUUCAUGAGCAGCGGGCUUGAGUAGUAGCCUACUGGGUCAUUUCUAUUUGAUUUAUUAUUAUUUCAAAUAAAUAGUUAGUUAAUUCAUUUAAUAUCAGAAAUAUUAAGAUGACACUCGUGUUUAUAAACCGUCAUGGUUUGAAGGUAGUGUUUUAGGAGACAAUAUAUGAAAUUAAAAUACAGUAAGGAGCAUAAAUUCUGCCCAUUCAGCUUCUAAAGGGCUCCAUUUUAAGAUUCAUUUAGCCAGCUGCAUGGGUGAUCCUUUCUUAUUUUUAGUUGUGAAAGCUGCUCUACUGUCUUAAGAUUUGCUCAUUGUGGUUGUGCUUAAUUGAUUUUUUGCUCUGCUUUUCAGGUCAUUUAAUCAAUCAGUUGAUCAAUAAUUGAAUGUAAUAUUUUAAUAUUGUCAUUGGCAUGAUUAAGUGAAGAAACAACUGCACCAUGGCUCUGAAUACAACUCGACUGGAUAAUGUAACUCUGGGGAUGUUCACUGACAAUACAGCAAGCUACACCCUUUCUGCUGUCUACGUUAUUGUGUUCUGCAUCAACCUUCCAGGCAAUGGGUUCUCCCUGUGGCUGCUUUUGUUCCAUACUAAACCCAAGACGCCUUCCAUUAUUUUUAUGAUAAACCUCACCAUCACUGACCUGGCACUCUGCAUGUUCUUACCUUUACAGAUCGCUUAUCUUAUCAACAGCUAUGACUGGACUUUUGGGGAGACGCUCUGCAGUUUGGUGUCUGUCAUGUUCUAUUCCAACAUGUACUGCUCCAUCUUGACCAUGACUGCCAUCAGUGUGGAGCGCUACAUUGGAGUGGUGCACCCAAUGCGUUUUGAUUGCAAGCGAACCCGAUAUGCACUAGCGGCUUGCUUGGCAAUGUGGGGCAUUGUUUUGCUUGUAUUGUACCCAUUGGUGAGCACGGACUUGACAUAUCGGGUUAAGGAGCUCAACAUUACAACCUGUUUUGAUGUCCUCAAAAAAGACAUGCUCCCAUCGAUGGGGGCAUGGGCAGCAUUUCUGUUUACGCUGUUUGGCGUCCUGUUCCUGAUUCCAUUCCUUUUAACAGUGUUCUGCUACACUAGGAUCAUCCUGAAGCUAGUCAAAACCAGCAAGUAUGGCAGUGCACAGAAGAAAAGAGCCGUCUAUCUGGCUGUCAUGGUGCUUUUUGUAUUUAUUUCCUGCUUUGCGCCAAAUAACCUCAUUCUUUUUGCCCAUAUGAUUGGUAAGCUUUUUUACAACAAGUCAUUCUACCCAGCUUAUAAGCUGACUCUCUCCCUUAGCUGCUUGAACAGCUGCCUGGAUCCCUUCAUUUACUAUUUUGCUUCCAAAGAAUUUCGGAGAAAGUUUCGGCAUUUAUUGAGUAUUCAAGCAAACAACAGCGAUAUCAACACAGUGGACUUAAGAAAAGAGAGCUUUUUUUCAGCUAGAUCGUUGUCACAAGGGCAGGCAGAGGAUGAAGUGGAAGUCAUCAAUUUAUAAGAGGAAAGAAAGCUUUCUUUAGAAGGUCCUGAGUUACAUGCCCUUACCUUGAACUUCCAAACAGCCUAACUCAGAAAUGAGGAAGAACAAAACAUUGUGCACAAGAAGCUAAAUUAAAUCCUGGACUAGGACAUAACAAAACCGUUUGAGCCCACACAAACAAUGUAAUAGAUUUGACCGGAGAUAGUCGACUGACCAACCAUCACGCUUUCAGUGUUCAGCUGUUUUCAGAUGUUUUUAUUGCACCAAGACCAUUUCGUGCAUCAACUGAAUUAAAGAACAAAGCAUUACGAAAGUAUCUCUACAGUGCCUUGCAUAAGUAUUCACCCCCCUUGGACUUUUCCACAUUUUGUAGUGUUACAACCUGGAAUUAAAAUGCAUUUAAUUGGGAUUUUUACCAUUUGAUUUACACAACAUACUUAACACUUUGAAGGUGCAAAAUAUUUUUUAU